GCUGUGGACCUUUCUGUUGAUGAAUCUAGUCUCACAGGUGAGACAGCUCCUUGCUCUAAAUCUACAGCUCCUCAGCCAGCAGCAACCAAUGGAGACCUUACUUCUAGGAGCAACAUUGCUUUCAUGGGAACAUUGGUCAGAUGUGGAAAAGCAAAGGGGAUAGUUAUUGGAACAGGAGAAAACUCUGAAUUUGGGGAGGUUUUCAAAAUGAUGCAGGCAGAAGAGGCUCCAAAGACACCUCUGCAGAAGAGCAUGGAUCUCUUGGGAAAACAGCUUUCCUUGUAUUCCUUUGGUAUAAUAGGAGUUAUUAUGCUGGUUGGCUGGCUGCAAGGAAAGCAUAUCCUUGAUAUGUUCACAAUUGGUGUGAGUUUGGCUGUAGCUGCAAUCCCUGAAGGACUCCCAAUUGUGGUAACAGUGACACUGGCCCUUGGUGUGAUGAGAAUGGUGAAGAAACGGGCUAUUGUAAAAAAAUUGCCUAUUGUUGAAACUUUAGGUUGUUGCAACGUAAUUUGUUCAGAUAAAACUGGAACUCUGACAAAGAAUGAAAUGACUGUUACUCAUAUUUUUACUUCAGAUGGGCAGCAUGCUGAGGUUACUGGAGUAGGUUAUAACAGGUUUGGAGAAGUGAUGCUCGAUGGUGAAGUUAUUCAUGGUUAUAACAACCCAUCCGUUAGCAAAAUUGUUGAGGCCGGUUGUGUGUGCAAUGAUGCUUUGAUUAGAAACAACACAUUAAUGGGGAAGCCAACAGAAGGGGCUUUAAUCGCACUUGCUAUGAAGAUGGGUUUAGAUGGACUCCAGGAAGACUACAUAAGGAAGGCUGAAUAUCCCUUCAGCUCAGAACAAAAAUGGAUGGCUGUGAAAUGUGUUCAUAGAACGCAGCAGGACAAACCUGAAGUGUGCUUUAUGAAAGGUGCUUAUGAACAAGUCAUUAGGUACUGUACAUCAUAUAACUGCAAGGGGCAGACCCUACCUCUUGUUCAGCAACAGAGAGAGCAGUACCAGCAAGAAAAGACAUCUAUGGGCUCUGCAGGACUUAGGGUUCUGGCCUUAGCUUCUGGACCUGAGUUAGGACAACUGACUUUUUUGGGGCUUGUGGGAAUAAUCGAUCCUCCACGGACUGGUGUAAAAGAAGCUGUUACUACACUUAUCACGUCAGGAGUUGCAAUAAAAAUGAUUACUGGAGACUCACAGGAGACUGCAGUUGCCAUUGCUAGUCGACUAGGAUUGUAUUCCAAAAAUUCACAGGCAAUCUCUGGAGAAGAAAUAGAUGACUUGGAUAUUCAGCAGCUUUCUCAAAUAACACCAAAGGUUGCAGUAUUUUAUAGAGCCAGUCCCCGACAUAAACUGAAAAUUAUAAAGUCCCUGCAGAAUAAUGGUGCAGUAGUAGCUAUGACAGGAGAUGGAGUGAACGAUGCUGUUGCUCUAAAGGCUGCAGAUAUUGGUGUAGCAAUGGGACAAGCUGGAACGGAUGUUUGCAAAGAAGCAGCAGAUAUGAUCCUUGUGGAUGAUGAUUUUCAGACAAUAAUGUCUGCAAUCGAAGAGGGUAAAGGAAUUUAUAAUAACAUAAAAAAUUUUGUUAGAUUUCAGCUAAGCACGAGUAUAGCAGCACUGACUUUAAUCUCACUGGCUACAUUAAUGAACUUUCCUAAUCCUCUCAAUGCCAUGCAGAUUUUAUGGAUCAAUAUUAUUAUGGAUGGACCUCCAGCUCAAAGUCUUGGGGUGGAGCCUGUGGAUAAAGAUGUUAUUCAGAAGCCUCCAAGAAAUUUGAAGGACAGCAUUCUGACCAAAAACCUGAUUGUUAAAAUACUGGUUUCAUCAGUAAUUAUUGUGUGUGGAACACUGUUCGUCUUCUGGAGAGAGUUAAGAGACAAUGUAAUAACGCCUCGAGAUACAACCAUGACUUUCACCUGUUUUGUAUUUUUUGAUAUGUUCAAUGCUUUGAGUUCUAGAUCUCAGGCAAAAUCUGUGUUUGAGAUUGGACUUUGCAGUAACAAAAUGUUCUGCUAUGCUGUCCUUGGAUCUAUAAUGGGGCAGUUACUGGUCAUUUACUUUCCUCCACUUCAGAAGGUUUUCCAAACAGAAAGCCUGAGUGUCUUGGAUUUACUGUUUCUUCUGGGACUCACUUCCUCUGUGUGCAUAGUGACAGAGAUCAUAAAGAAGUUUGAAAGAAGCAAGGAAAAGAUCCAGAAACGCGGAAGUUCUUCUUCGUCAACUUCGUCUUUUCUUGAUGUAUGAUGCAUAUUGCAUUCUUUUGUUUGCAAACUUAGGGAUUGCUGUCGAAAGAUGUAGGAGAAAGCAAAACAAUAUUUGGAGGAUAAAGGAAUCCUGAGGGCUUUUGGCAAGUCCUUUGUUUCACACUGGCUAAUGAUGAACGUCAUGUUUCAAGACUGUUUAGAAUUUAACUUUCAGCUGUGGGAGUAACAAAUGAAAUUAUGCAACUUUGGUAACAUUUUUCCUCAACCAUAAAUUUACUUUUGAGAUUGAACAGGAUUUUUUUUUUUUUUGGGGGGGGGGGGGGGUUAAUUUAAAGAAAGAUCUAAGCCCAAGUCCCAUUUUCUGCACUUAAAAAGAUAUAACUGUGUAAAAUCCUUCUCUUAGAUAUAAAUAUUUUAGUUUGUUUUUAUUUAAAACACUGUACUAUUUUACUUUUAUGGUGGUGGGACUUUGCUACUAAUACAAGGAUAAAAAAAUUUUUCAGAGGCAUUCCACUGGGUUUAGAGUCUGUCACAAGAGUGCCAUAUUCUAGCUACUGUAUUUAUUUACUUUAUCCUGCAACGUGUAAGCGGCUCAAGUACCUUGUGCUACAGGUUUUUUGUAUCCCGAGGUUUUUGUUUGUUUUUUUUUUUUGCACAGGAUGUGACCGCUGUCAGAUCACUUGUUUUUCUUUUCUUUUUCUGUGAUUGAA